AUGUCAUGGUUCAGUGGAAGCACAGUACCGGUUGCUGAUUUAGAGCUGAAAAUUAAUGAGGCUACCUCUGAAUCGAUCCCAAAUGGCGAGCUUGAUUUAGCCAUUGCCUUAGAAAUCACCGAUUUGAUUAGAAGUAAGAAAAUACCACCCAAGCAAUGUAUGAGAUCAUUGAAAAAACGGUUGACUACUACGCAUUCCAAUCCAAAUUUGCUUACACUGACCUUGAAGUUGGUUGAUUUGUGUGUUAAAAAUGGGGGAUAUCACUUUUUGGUUGAAUUGAGCAGUAAAGAGUUUAUCGAUUACCUAGUCGAUUAUAUAUUCAAGAUUCACUACAACACUAAGGACUCAUAUGUAAUAGAGAAUGAAGCGAAAUAUAAGGUAGGAAGCUUUAUCUUAUCGUUGAUUAAGGACUGGACGUUAGUGUUUGAGAAUCAGACACAGUUGAAUUACGUUGAGAGGAGCUAUCAUCAAUUAAUGAACCAAGGAUACGAAUUCCCAGAACUGGAAGUAGGAGGCCAAUUGUCGAAUAAGUUCAUCGAUUCGGAGGCGCCACCAGAUUGGAUCGAUAGUAACGAAUGUAUGAUUUGCUACAAUCCAUUUUCGUUGAUGAACAGAAAGCAUCAUUGUAGAUCAUGCGGCGGUGUUUAUUGUCAAACUCAUUCGUCUCAUAACUCGCCAUUAGUUGCGUUGGGGAUCAUGGAGCCGGUUAGAGUUUGCGAUAAUUGUUAUGAAAAGAUAAAAUCCAAAAAUAGUAAGCACUUGAGCAAAGUGAGGCAAAAGAAAACUCCAUCUCAACCAACAGAUGAAGAUUUAGAUGAUGAAGACGAACAACUAAGGAAAGCAAUUGAAUUGAGUUUGCGGGAAACUCAGGUACCUGUCAGCAAGCAAAUACCACCUCCUAGAUCACCGUCACCGGUGGUGGCAAAUAAUACAGGUGAAGAAGAGGACGAGGAAAUGAAGGCAGCUAUUGCAGCUAGUUUGAAAGAGUUUGAACAACAAGAAAGAAUGUAUAAACAACAGCCGGUUGCAUCGCAACAGGGAUAUCAAGAACCACAAUCUGAAUUUUAUAGGCAUAUUUUGCCAUUCGACCAACAAGACCCAUCUUAUCAAAACCAAAAUCCUAGUCAACAGCCACAAAUGACACCUGCUAACCAUGCUGAACAAUAUCAUUUGAAACCUCAAGUUGAAGAUUUAAGCCAACAAGAAGAAGAAUCAAUUAACUUAUUCAUCACCCUUAUGAACAACAUCAAGAGUGAUCCAUCCAAACAAGCAAAUAUUUUAUAUGAUUCCAAUUUGAGUGAAUUACACGGGAAGAUAAUCCAGUUAAAACCAAAAUUGAAUAAGUCGUUAAGAGCAUCUAUCGAGAAGUACGAAACAUGCUUAGAGUUAAAUAAUAAAAUUUCUACUAUCAGCAGGUUGUAUGAUCAAUUCUUAGAAGCUAAGUUGAACCAAGCCUAUGGAAAUCAUACAAUUUCAUCUCCCUAUGGUGGACCAAAUCAAUCAUUCCAAGGACCCUAUCCUAGCCAAACUUCUAACGAAUAUGUCCCAUAUCCGGUAGACCAAAGAGUUCUGUCUCCACAAUACCAGCAAAGCCCACCGCAAUUCCAAAAUUACUCAUCACCUGGAUUGUCGCAACAACCUACUGGGUACAAUAAUUAUCCAUCAAUUGGUCAAGCUUCUGAGCCAUCAAACCAACCACCAGCGUCAGAAUCUAUGCAAAAUACAUCUCAAAACCCACAAGAACCACCUCCAACAUCGUUUUAUCCUUCAUAUUAUCAAGAAUCUGAUCUGGAGACCACCCAAACCAAUCAGGAUAAUGGAACGCCGCCAUACUAUUCAUCUAAAAAAACGAGUGAGGGUAACAGAAAUGAGCCUGAGUACCCUCAUCAGUCUACGUAUCCGCCUCAAGAUUUAAAUGGGUCCUUCAACCAGAACGCUCCAUCGCAGCCAAACUACAACCCACCUUUGCCCACAGAACCAUCUUAUCCGCCUUUUGAACAAGAUGAUGAUGCAGAAGAUCAUGCUGCUGCUAAGUUCCCCUCGAUUAAUGAGCUUAACUCUGAAGAGCAAACUACCAAUACAGGAGGAAAGGAUGAUAAUAAAGUGCCAUCAAUGCCAUCCAUGCCGCAAUUUGGUCAACCUAGUCAGGACACUGAUAGAAAAAGUAAAUUGGUAGAGGAACCAUUGAUCGAAUUGUAG